AUGAAAGAUAAUCAAGACUCACCGAUGGCUAAUAAUGAAGCAGAUGCAUUGCCAAAGGAAGUAAAGGUUAACAAUGAGGAAAAUAGAAAAGAAUCUCCACCACCUCCAGCGACCCCACCUCCAAAUGAAAAUGAAAACACUCGAGAACUCAUUGUAGUCAAUGAGAAUACUGAGAUCUUGGACUUAAACCAUGGCAAAAUUGGAAAAAUUGAAAAUUUAGAGCCACUCCGAAAUUUAGAAAGACUCUACUUGCGGUGGAAUUUAAUAAAGAAAAUAGAAGGGCUGGAUACCCUCUCUACUCUUGUGGAACUGGAACUUUAUGACAAUCAAAUUGUGGUCAUAGAGAACUUGGAUAAUCUAGUUAAUUUAGAGAUUCUAGAUUUAUCAUUCAACAGAAUCAAAGAAAUAACUGGCUUAAAUAAUCUUUUAAAUUUGAGAAAACUGUUCUUAAGUUCAAAUAAAAUAACAGAGAUUAAGAAUGUUAAUCAUUUACCAAAGCUGGAAUCCCUUGAACUGGGGGACAACCGUAUAAGGGAAAUAAAAAAUCUUGAAGGUUUAACUACACUAAAAGAGCUUUAUCUCGGAAAAAACAAGAUAACAAGAAUACAAAAUUUAGACGAUCUCCAUAGUUUAGAGAUACUUGUAUUACAAAGCAACAGACUCACUAAAAUUGAAAAUCUUGAACAACUGACAAAUUUGGAACAGUUAUAUAUCUCUGAAAAUGGUCUAACAGCAAUAGAGAAUCUGCAAAGUCAAGUCAAACUUCAAACAUUGGAUUUGGCACUUAAUAAGAUUACUGUAAUUGAAAAUGUGAGACACAUGAGUGACUUAGAGGAGCUAUGGCUAAAUGACAAUCAGAUAUCAGAAUGGUCAUCAAUAGAAUACUUGGAAGAAAACAAAAAGCUGGCCACAAUCUAUUUGGAACGCAAUCCAAUCGCUUCCGAUCCAGCGUACAGACGAAAAUUGAAACUCAUGCUUCCAUCUCUGAAGCAGAUUGAUGCUACACUGUGUAGA